CAUCAUCGCUGUCAUCUCCAAUGGCCUCAUUCUUUAUCCGCUCUAGAUGUGGGUCAACAGCAUCAUCGACAUCCUUCAGGUAUGUAUGCAAGAAUGAUAAAGAAGACAUUUUUGCUGUUUUUUUCACCUGCAACUUCAUUUGCAGCAGCAAAAAUGAGAGAUAGAGAGAGAGAGAUCUUACAUACGGUGAAAAAAGCGGGAAUAGGAGCUCUUUUUCCCGCCUAAAGCCAUGUCAUUCGCCACGCAAGCUCCUACGUGUUUAAGUUGCGCACGUGGACGUCGGAACCCUAAGCCCCAAAUCUCUCCGCUGCGUUUUUGGGCACUUUUUGGUCGGAAGGACCAAAAUUGCCAAAAAAUCAAUACUUACAGGACUAAAAUUGCUAGUCCUGUACUUACGGUCCCAAUUCUGCCACCCCCCAUACUUACGGGACCAAUUUUGCAAUUUUGCCGAGAAUAUAUAAGGCUGAGCAUAAUUUCUGCCCACCAACUCUCUCAACUCAAUCGAGACGGUUACAGCCCGCUGCACUUGGCUUCGGCCAAUGCCCACUUGGAGAUCGUCCAAUUUAUGCUUGAGUUUGUGAAGCAGAAUUUUGCUGUUGUGGAGGUGUGCAUGAAGAAAGAUAGGGACGGGAAAACUGCACUUCAUUCUGCCAUGGUCAGUGGUAAAAUUGAAGUCAUUGACCUGCUCUUUGUCAAUUAUCCAGACGCUGCAAACGAGGUGACUUUUCAUCAAGAGACUGUUCUACAUCUUGCAGUGAAACACCACCAGCAUGAGGCACUCAAAUUCUUGAUUGAUCAGAAACUUGGAUCGUCAGUUGAAGGUUUGCUGAAUGUAGGUGAUCGGGAAGGCAACACAAUUCUACAUCUUGCAACAGCCAACAGACAAUUUCAGACAGUAGAAUAUUUAGUGAAGUUGUAGAAUUUGAAUGUGAAUGCAGAGAAUUCAAAUGGCCUCAGGCCAUUGGACAUGUUGUUCGUGGAUGCAUUUAACUCAAACGAUGCAUAUAUAGAAGAGACAAUUACACAUGUGGGGGGUUCACGAUCCCAAAUGAUACCGACAGACGCACAGAUCGGGCUCCAACAAACGUCCAGACUGGGCUCCAACACUCCCCUCCGGAUACUUCAUCAAGCUUAAGUAGCCAAGAGGAAGACGAUCGAAAUGCAAAACAAAAAUGGUUCACAGAAUUGAGAAGUGGCAUUAUAGUAAUGGCAUCAGUAUUCGCUACCAUAACGUUUCAGGUUGCGUUAACUCCUCCUGGAGGGAUGUGGCAAGAUUGGGGUCCAAAUGAAGCCACAUCCAACACUACUUCUUCAGCCGGCUCCACACAUAAGCCCGGAGAAACAAUUCUUUAUGAUUUGGAUCGUAAGAAAUUCCGAGAUCUGAUGUGGUUAAAUACACAGUCAUUCUUCUCUUCUAUUGCUACCAUCUUAAUGGUAUUACAAGCUUUCAAGGUUGACUCCUUUGCAUGGACCACGGGGCUAUAUUGUGCAUACAUCACUGUGUGUUUUGUAGUUGGAGAAUAUUUGUCAAUUGUUGCGCUUGUCACAUCUAAGAAUGUGUUCCACAGUAAAGGGAUUAUGACAUCUAUGAUUUUCUGGAUGAUCAUCUUGAUCGCUGCCCUCGUUAGCUUCAUUUCAAGAGCCCUUAAACUAAUUAAGUGAACGUAUCCUCAAAUUUCUCGACAUGAGCUGUCUCAUCUCCAGUAAUGA